AUGGUUAAAUAUUGGUGGGCAUCCUAAGUAUCCACUUUUAGAAGCUGAUCUUAAAACCUGGGUUAAAUCUUUACGUUCACGGCAAAAGAUUGUAUCUCGUUACAUGUAUCGCAAAUUUUACCUCGAUUGGAUGGGAGAAGAAAUCAAAAAACUAACUCGCACAGGUCAUAUCCAACGACCCGCCUAUAAUUUGGUGGCCGAAUGGGUAGUAAAAGCAUGGAACCAAGUUGAUCCCUCCCUUAUCAAAUAUUCGUUCAAGUGUUGUGGCAUCUCCACUGCUCAAAAUGGAACUGACGAGGAGUUAAUGUUCAAUUAUGAUUGGGUUAAAAACCCAAAGGCUCAAAAAAAACAUAGUGAAUAUAUAUAUACUAAUGAGGAUAACGCAAAUGAGGAUGAAAGCAUUGUUGACUUGACCCAAAAUGAUAAUGACAAUAGCAAUAAUG